AUGUGGACUCUCUUCCUCCUGAGCUGCCUGCUCUACACCCUGGGGAUAGUGGCACAACCGAGGUACCUGGUCAUCGUUCCAGCUGCACUGCCCUACCCCUCUUCCCAAAGGGUGUGCUUGGACCUUCGUGGAGUGGAGAAGCCUAUUCGUGUGGCCUUAACUCUUGUGCAUCCAUCUGGCAACCUCAGCAUCUACCGCAAGGUUGUCCGGAACAAUUGGAUCUUUGAGUGCUCCAGAUUUCAGGUCCCCCAACCUGCAGGCAACCAGGAGGUGGGAGCUGUCCAUCUGCGCAUCUCCAAUGGCCACUACUUCAAUGUAUAUGAAGAGAAGCAAGUCCUGAUCCACAGGGCUGGCACAGGCACAUUCAUUCAGAUGGAUAAAGCUGUCUAUAACCCAGGACAGACAGUGAAAUUCCGGAUUGUGACAUUGACCCAAGAUUUUUCUCCUGUUAACAAGAAGUACUCUGUGGUGGAAGUCCAGGACCCAAACCAAAAUCGCAUUGGCCAGUGGCUGGAUGUGAGACCAAAACAGGGCAUCGCAGAUCUCUCUUUCCAGUUAGCUGAUGAACUCUCUCUGGGGACUUACACCAUCAGUGUGGUGAAUUCAGAAGUGUCCAGUACCUUUAAGGUGGAGGAACGUGUGUUGCAAAAGUUUGAUGUUUUCUUUGAGGGACCAGCUCAGAUUUAUGCUACAGAUAGGACUUUCCCACUGCGUGUGUGUGGCAGGUACAGCUAUGGGAAAGCAGUGCAAGGGACCAUGCGGGUGACUUUGUGCCAGAAGGCAAGGAGGCGUCUUCAAAAUUCCAGCAAGGACAUCUGUAGGGAAUACAGUGGUCCGACUGUGAGCAAGGGGUGCUUCAUGCCUUCUGUAAGCACAUCAGUCUUCAACCUGGCUCCUGGUGAGGAAGACAGCAAGCUCUAUGCAGAAGCCUCUCUCAUGGAGACAGGCACAGGGGUACAGAUCAACACCUCCAGCCAAAUCCUCAUCUCCAGGACAGCUGCAAGGGCAGUGUUUGAGACACCAAACGCAUAUUACAUCCCUGGAGUACCCUACAAAGGGAAGAUAAAGCUUCAGGAUCACUAUGGAAAUGGCAUGAAAAACAGAAAAGUUUAUCUUGUGAUAAAGUUCAUGAGGCGUCGGUUUAUCAAAACAUACAUCACAGAUGGAAGUGGAACAGCAUCGUUCAACCUGGACACAACUGCUUGGAACAGCUCAUCAGUGUCUUUGGAGGUCACUGGGAAGGCUGGAAUUGUUGUCAGGGGCCACAGGACUGUCCAGGUUGGGAAGCUGAACAGUAAGUCUGUGGCACACUUUGCUUUUCCUUCUUUAGUGUUGAAGGGCUCCUUCUCCAUCCCUUUGACCUUCACUGCUGACUUGACCCCAUCACCUUCCUUAGUGGUGUAUGCUAUCUUCCCCAAUGGAGGGGUAACAGCUGACAGCACCCGUUUUGAUGUUGCCUUGUGCUUUGAAAACCAGGUCAAGGUGGGUUUCACAGCUAAAGAAGCCCAUCCAGGGUCAACAGUGCAGCUCCGACUGCAGGCAGCCCCUGGCUCCCUGUGUGCAGUACAGGCAGUGGAUGAAAACAUGUUUGUCGUGAGACCAGAGAGUGAGCUGACAAGCCAAAUGGUCUAUGGUUUGUUCCCUACUGCCUACAGACAUGGAUACCCUGCCCAAGUAGAAGAGCAUUCAGAUCACUGUGUUCAACCCACGUCACCUCUGCUAGGGGGGAAGACACAGCAUUCCUUUCAGCCUGACAUCUUUAACCUCUUCUGGAACAUGGGGCUGAAGAUCUUUUCAAACCUUCUAGUCAGGAAGCCAUCUCAGUGCUUUCACCGGGCGGAUAGGAAGCCAACCAUGGGAGGACUUUCUACAGAAGACCAAAGAAUCGCUAAGGAACAACCCCAAUCUACAACCCAUGGAAGACUUCACCACUAUUUCCCUGAAACUUGGAUCUGGAAUCUGUUCUCUGUUGGCUCCAAUGGCAGCAGGAGCGUCCUGGUCACAGCUCCUGCUGCUGCCGCAGCAUGGAAAGUCAAAACAUUCUGCUUAGCUGGGAGGGGAUUUGGCCUUGCCCCAACCACGAGCCUCAGAACAGUCCAGCCCUUCUUUGUGGAUGUGACACUGCCAUAUUCCAUCAUUCGAGGAGAGACCUUUGUGCUGAAAGCUACUGUCUUCAACUACCUACAGCAGUGCAUACAGAUCAAUGUGGCCCUGGCUAAAUCCUCAGACUUCCAGGUAGAACCAUGCCGGACCUGCAGGGAUAAGGAGUGUCUGUGCGCAGAGGAGUCCAAGACCUUCUUGUGGAAUGUGACAGCAGUGCAUCUGGGUACUCUGAAUAUCACAGUGCGGACAGAGGUACUGGACACCACGCCACGCUGUGGAGGCAAGAAGCCCUUGCCAUCUACUCUGAAGCAGAGGCAUACACUGGUCAAACACUUGCUGGUCCGGCCAGAAGGUGUGUUAGUGGAGAAGUCUUUCAGCUCCCUUCUGUGCCCGAGAGGAGGAAACAUGGCUGAAGAACCUGUGUCCCUUCGCCUCCCUGAAAAUGUAGAAAAGGGAUCUACCAGGGCUUCUAUUUCCAUCUCAGGUGACCUCAUAGGGAUGGCGCUGCAGAACCUGGACCACCUGGUGCAGUUGCCCCACAGCUGUGGGGAGCAGAACAUGGUGCUGUUUGCCCCCAUUGUCUAUGUGCUGCAGUACCUGGAGAAGACGAGGCAGCUGACCCCUGAGAUCAAGGAGAGGGCAACAGGAUUCCUGCGCAACGGAUACCAGAUGCAGCUUCUUUAUAAGCACAGAGACGGGUCCUACAGUGUCUUUGGACGGCAGGAUGGGGAAGGGAACACUUGGCUGACAGCUUUUGUAGUCAAGAGUUUCAGCCAAGCCAGAAAAUACAUCUAUGUAGAUGACAGGAACGUCCAGGAUGCCCUACGCUGGCUAGAGCAGAACCAGCUCCCCAGUGGCUGCUUUGCCACCAAAGGGAGCCUCUUUCACUCCUUCCUAAAGGGCAGCGUGGAUGAUGAGAUUUCACUCGGGGCAUAUGUUGCUGCAGCACUGCUGGAGCUGGGUCAGCCACUGAAGGGCAAGCUGAUGCAGGCUACCCUCCGCUGCCUGCAGCAGGCAGUUCAUAACAUCACCAACAUCUACACAGAAGCCCUGCUGGCCUAUGCCUUUGCCCUGGCUGGGGACUAUGAGACAACCCAGGAGCUGCUGUACAAACUGGAGGAGCAGGCCAUCAAAUCAGGAGGACAAAUCCAUUGGAGCCCCAAGCCAAGCUCUCCGGCUUCCACGGAAUUCUGGCCUGGUACUCAGUCAGUGGACAUAGAGUUGACAGCCUAUGUGCUCCUGGCGUACCUCUCUAAGCCACGGGUGCAUACAGGGGACAUGACGAUUGCAGCUGGUAUUGUGGCAUGGCUGACCCAUCAGCAAAAUGCCUACGGGGGCUUUGCCUCCACCCAGGACACAGUUGUUGCCUUGCAAGCCUUAGCAAAAUACGCAGCAAGAACGUUCAGCACAUCAGGACAGGCACUUGUGAGGGUGAAGUCUCAGAGGGGCUUUGGGAAGACUUUCCAAGUCAACCGCCAGAAGAGGCUGCUGGUGCAGCAGGCAGCACUGAUAGAGGUCCCGGGGCAGUUCCUGGUGCAGGUCCAUGGCAGUAGCUGUGUCUUCGCUCAGACAGUGCUGAGGUACCACGAGCCUCCCCCACGGGCUGCUGUGACCUUCACUCUGCGUGUCAACACAGAGCUGACCAACUGUAGCCAGGCCAAUGCACAUGUCCUCACCAUCCACAUCCUUGCCAGCUACAUUGGGAGCAGAGUCACAUCCAACAUGGUGAUGCUGGAGGUCUCCCUGCUGUCUGGAUUCAUCCUGGCUCCCAGAUCCAGGAUGUUGCUGGAGCGCAGAACCAUCGUUAAGAAAACAGAAGUGAAAGCUGAUGUGGUCUACAUUUACCUGGACAAGCUCAACGAUGAAUCUCAGACUUUCAUUCUGCAACUGGAACAAGUAAUUCAGAUGAAGAACCUGAAACCAGCCAGCAUCAAAGUCUACGAUUACUACCAGCCAGAGGAGCAAGCCUUGGCUGACUAUGGUGCUGUCUGUAGUUGA